GAUGUGCCAAAGAAAGCAUCCAAGGCUGCAGCAAAGCCAGCUGCGGCAAAGCCUGCCCCAAAGGCUUUGUUAAAGGACAAGCCAAGCAGUUCAAAGACAUCUGGCCAAGAGGCCUCAAAGGAGGCCUUGACGGAACAGGAGCAGAAGACCGACACCGCAGCACCGCUCCAUUUAGACCAGGACCUUGUCCUUCUGAAGAAGAGUGACGAUGAACUCGAACAUGUGAAGGAGGGAAGCCAAAAGAAAAAGAAGGCGCAAAACAAGAAGAAUGUGAUUCCAGCCUCAGAAUGGUUUCAGGGCUGA